AUGAAACAUCGCAAAAUUGAUCCACCUGAGCAAGACUCUGUCAGUUCUGGCUAUUCGACACCUGAUGAGAAGAGUGUGCAAAAGCAGGCUAAAAUCAAACACUUGCGAAAACACGCAUUCGUCAAUCGGAUAUCAUUUUUGGAUGAUAUGGACAAGGAUUCUGAAUUGAAUAAGAAUAGAUUGGUUGGGUUCUACAAUAUGUUAUAUGUCGUGGCCUUCUAUUACUUCAUCAUAAAUCCUAUCAUGACAUAUUGGAAGACCGGUUAAUGGAUCGAAACCUCGUUGUAUAAUUAGAUGCGUCGAGAUCUGUUCAUGUGCAUUGUAACCUGGCCUUUGUUCUAUGCUUGGAGUCACAUAGCCUUGUUGAUUCAAUAUUUAGCAAUGAUGAACAUUCCAAAGGUGUUAAUCUUUAUAAUCCAACACGUCAGUCAGAUUUGCAUGUUUGUUUAUGCUCAUUAUUUGGUCUUAACUCGAGAUUGGUACUUACCUUAAGGUGCCUUUGUAACAUUUCAAUCUUGUGUGUUCUUCUUCAAGAUGCAUUCCUACACCAUGACAAAUUACAAAAUGAGAAGAGAGUGGAUUGAUUAAGGUUGUCCAAAAAGUAAUGAUCCUUUCAGUUAUCCAAAUAACAUUAAUUUUAGGAAUUUCACCAAAUUUAUAAUGACUCCUGCUUUGGUUUAUGAACCUCAGUAUCCACAAUCUGGCAAGAUUAGAUGGUGGUAUGUAAUUGUUAAAUUUAUAAACACCAUAUCAAUGUUAAUUAUGGGAUAUAUGAUUGUAUCCAAUCACAUUUAUCCCAUAAUUUUGAAAGUAAAUGCCUUAUCUUUGGUUGAUUCCAUAUUUUAAAUGACUUUGCCUUUGAUAUUUUUGUGUUUAACAUUAUUUAACAUGAUCUUUGAGAAUUAUUGUAAUUUUUGGGCUGAACUUACUCAUUUUGGAGAUCGUUAAUUUUACACUGAUUGGUGGAAUUCAACAGAUUACGAAGAGUUCAAUAGGAAUUGGAAUAGACCAGUUUAUGAAUUUCUGUAUCGACAUGUGUAUUUGGAACUCAUAUUCGAAUUUGGUUUUGGAGUAAAGAAGGCACAAUUAGCCACGUUUCUAUUUUCAGCCAUGUUACACGAGUAUACGUUGGCAGUGAGUUUGAAAUAGAUUACUCCGAUAAUGGUGAUGUUUAUGAUGAUCCAAAUUCCGGUGAUGUUGUGUACUAAGAGGAUAAAGGGAACUAAAUUUGGUAAUCUAUUUUUCUGGUGGGGGAUCAUUUAAGGAUUGCCAUUAAUUUUAAAUUUAUAUCUUAGAUUCAAUGAAUUGCCAAAAUUAUUGUUUGAAUGA